UCGUAGUGCAAAGCGUCAGCGAGUUUCAGUGAGCUGGUUCCGUGAGUGACCUUGAUCCCCUCGCGAGUUCUGUGACAGUCCUGUUCGCAAGAGCCCGAACCCGUCAGUACUAAUCGAAUCAUCGUCGCAGAGGCUUACCAGAGCGGCUUUCCGACUCGACGCAAGAAAAACAGAGAGAGAGAGAGAGACAGAAUGAAAACCUUCGGUGGCGUUCUACUCGUCGCGGCGUGUUUCGUCGCAUGCACGCACAGCUUCCCCGGCGCUCUCGAUAGAGAUAGCGACGAAAGGAAAGAUGUGGACACCGUUCUUCUGCUACCAUCCGACGCGAGAGAUCGCUUCAUCAGACCGAUGGCAGCUUUCGAUUUCCCCGAUACGAGCUUCGACGACAGCCUUGAAAGUCCAUCCUGGAUCAGAUGGAACUUCUUCGAUACGUGGUACUCCAGCAUACAAGCCACCAUAAAAAAAUGGAGGGAAGACAUGUCUCGCAUUUUGUCACGUAUUCCCGAUCACGGUAUCGUAUCCUUGGGCAAGAUUCCUGAAGGAGCGAACACCACCUCCACAACCAAGAUCAUUGAUGGACAUGUGGUGACCAUUAAUGAGACGACCUACAUGGAUGGUGACGACGAAUAUGGUACUGUAAUUCGUGUCCGUGUGAUCGAUGUGAAACCUCAGAACGAGACGAUCCUGAUGACCGAGAGUGAGGCUGACGCUGAAAUAACCACCCUGCCCACCGUUACGACCACUGCAACAGCCACUAGCAAAGAGGAGCGCACCACACCUUUAAGAAGCGUUGAGACUGUCGAGGACUUCGACAACGAGAUACCGAAGAACCAAGUGGACACUCUAACUGCUUGAGACAGUCAAGAAACAAACUAAGAGAACACCGUCAGAUCGAUUGAAUCCGAAAGAUCGUUCCAUUUUUUAUAAAUUUUCUGCGAAAAUGAUGUGAUAAUUCCAUGUUUUUAUAUUGUAUUAUAUAUUUAUAUUCGCCAGCGUUCAACAAUUUGAGGCCAUUACUAUAUUCUGUAUCUAAAAUAAACUAAAAUUUCUACAAACCUUCU